UCAACCAGAUAUGCAAUGAUGGCGCACAAAAGAAGAUAUAAAGAACAUGUACUUGAUGAUUUGAGACAACCAUCAAAGGCCACGAAAUAUCGACGGAUAACAGAAUCUGAGAAUUAUUUUAAGUGCCGAGACCGAGGGAGUUACAAGAAGUAUCUCAAUUGCCCAUCCUCCCACAAAGAAAAGAGACGAGUCUCAACCGAGUUGUCCCAGAAUGCUCCUCAUGAAGGACCUCUGACAGAAAGUGCAAGCAGUCAGACAGCAGGACUACAGCAUGAGCAGGACACACAAAACAACAAAUCCUCAGAGCCUGACAGUGAGGCAGCCUGGAGACAGUCCCACUUAGUCCAAGUGAUGGAAUUACCCUCCACGUCAGACCAAGACAGACCUUGGACUCACAUAAGUGGGGACCAACCUGAUAUAAAAAUGCUAACAGAAUUACAGGACAUAUCCUGGACACAGCCAGAAGAGAACAAGUCUGUUCCAACUGCUGAUCAGCAUGAGCCAAACAAAAAGGUAUGGCAGGACAUAUCCUGGACACAACCAGAAGAGAACAUGUCUUUUCCAACUCCUGACCAGCAAGAGCCAAACGAAAAGGUUAGUAGCUUCUAUUUUUGUAUGUUUUCUAUACAGCAUGUUUCUUUUGCUAUAGGUUACUUUUUACAAUAAUUACUAUUAUGAUUAUGU